CUGGGCUGCCCCACUGACUGCGUGUGCUACCCGUCCCCUAUGACCGUCAGCUGCCAGGCUCACAACUUCGUGACCAUCCCCGAGGGCAUCCCUGAGGAUAGCGAGAGGAUCUUCCUCCAGAACAACCAGAUCACCUUGCUGCUGCGGGGCCACUUCAGCCCCUCCAUGGUCACCCUCUGGAUCUACUCCAACAACAUCACCUUCAUCGACCCCAACACCUUCGAUGGGUUCGUCAACCUGGAAGAGCUGGACCUUGGGGAUAACCGCUACUUAAGGGCUUUAGCUGCAGACACUUUCCAAGGGCUGGUGAAACUCCAUGCCUUGUAUCUGUACAAGUGCGGGCUGAGCUCCCUCCCCAGCGGGAUAUUCGGUGGCCUCCACAACCUGCAAUACCUUUACCUGCAAGACAACCACAUCGAGUUCCUUCAGGAUGAUAUUUUUGUUGACUUGGUUAACCUCAGCCAUCUUUUUCUCCAUGGAAACAAGCUCUGGAGCCUCCAUCAGAACACAUUCAGGGGACUAAUAAACCUGGACCGGCUGCUCAUCCAUCAAAAUCAGCUGCAGUGGAUUCACAGGCGGGCUUUUCAUGACCUCCGAAGAUUGACCACCCUUUUCUUGUUCAAUAACAGCCUCUCGGAGCUGCAUGGGGACUGCUUGGCCCACUUGGGAGCCUUGGAGUUCCUCAGGCUGAACGGGAACCCAUGGAGCUGCGACUGCAAAGCCCGUUCGCUCUGGGAAUGGCUGCACAGGUUCAGAGGCUCCAGCUCCAGCGUCAUCUGCGAGUCCCCUGAGCAGAUGCACGGCAAGGACCUCAAGGUGCUAAGAGCAGAAGACUUUAGGAACUGUUCGGGGUCCGAGUCGCUCCAUCAGAUGAAAACACACACGUUCUCCACCGCAGACAGAGGAGCCUCCAAAACCCAUCACCCUCACCACUCCUCCAAGGAGAAGGGCAAGGAGAGAGGGGCUGAGAACAGUUUGCACAGCAGCCAGCCCGCCGUCCCCCCCGGCUCCCGGCCUGGGUACCGCAAACCCGGCAAGAACUGCACCAGCCACAAAAGCCGUAACCGAACCUCCAAACCGGGCUCCUUGGGACCGAGGAAAAAUGGGCAGGAGGUUCCAGACUAUGUGCCUGAUUAUCAGCACAAAUACAGCUUCGGGGUGAUGCCGACGCUGCCCACGAAACGCAAGGGGAAGUGCACCCGGCGGACCCCCAUCCGCCCGCCCAGUGGGGUGCAGCAGGCAGCCGGUUGCUCGGGGCUCAGGGCAUCGCUCCUGGUCUUUAUGAUGGUGUUAGCGGCCGUCAUCCGCUGAGCGCGGCGCGAGCCUGCACUGCCACCAAUCUACAAAGGACCAGAGUUUCUUUUCUUCUUCUUUUUUUGUACGUGGCUAGCGUUGGCCUGGCGAAGGGAAGAACGUUGUCUCGGCUUCUGAUGGUCUCUCUCCGUGCCCGGAAGGGGCUGCCAACGCGGACUUGUGCCCAACGCGGCGGGAGCGGAUUCAAAGGCAUUAUCACACCUUGUCACAAACAGCCUAACCGAGCACCCACAACAACAAACAACAAAGCCAACCUUACAACAAAGCAGAUAACAGGGAUGGUAGCCAAUUGGUCGGUGACAACAACCGGACACAUGGACUGUAUCCGUGCUCUUGUGAGAUCGUGUUCGUGCUGAAACGACCCCUCCGAUUACUGACGGGAACAUAACUGCUGUAAAGACGAUCACCGAUUAAGCCUAUGCUGUUUCUCUGAAAGCAAGUGCAAGGACACGGAUACCGAUGUAAUAAAGGCAUUGGUUCUCCCAUGGUUUAGCCCUUUUGGCUCCAAACCCAGAGGCCAAAGUUGGCUGGGAAUCUCUUAGAAGACAAUCUCAACCCCCUGAAUAUCUCAGGCAUUACAGCAGAACAGGGCUUGCCUGCUGGGCUUGGAGUAGCCAACAACCAAAGGAAAGACUGAUUCGAGGUGGAAUGAAACAAAGAACAAACCCCGACAAAGCCAACACUUACAGAAAUGAGGUACCCGCAGGAGGUGCGUCUUUUUGUAACCCAUGUUCACACACCUGAAAAUAAACCCAGACCCAACAGAUGCACAGGCUCCCCCCUCUUCCCCUCAGCUAUCCAUAUGUAUGUCUUAUAAUGUUUAUAAACUAUAUGGAAACUAUAUCUUCGGAACUAAGGAUUGUAUCAUUGAAUUUAUAGCAGACCAGUAUAUGAUUUUCCUUUUUCUUUUCCUCCACACAACCAACCGGCAGCAGUGCCUACAGAUGCUGAAAGCCAUCGGGCGGGCUCAGUAUGUGCAGGGGGGUACCAGGACCAAUGUUCUCAGCCAUUCAGAGCACUAAACUGUGGGAGGGGGGUGGUUGUAUGAGACGCAGCAAAGCCCACAUCCAGAGAGCCAAAACUCACCCUUACAUCCUAAUCUGUAACUGGGAGGAGAGAGAGAUUAGUUAGUCCAAAUAAAUAGAGCCAUAGAGCUCUGUCUCCGGAGAGAGGUGCAAGGCCCCAAGGAGGAAAGGGGCUUUUGAGGGGCUGGAGGCAGAGAGGGGCUUCCAGCCACGUUGGUGGCCUGAGGACCUUUAUAGCUGGACUAAGGUUUUCAAUGGGGCAGCAAGGAGCAGUUCCAAGGCUGCAGAGAGUCCUGAUAGCGUCAGGAGGGGUUUUUCCUAAGAGGAAUAGGGUGUGUCAUGGGAAGAGUCAGAGGAAGGAUAACUUACAGCUCACAGAGAGCUGGUGAGAAGCACAGAGCCCAGGGUUUCUGGUCCACCAUAGGAGGGAAACAUAGAUGGUCCAAGGCAGCUGUACAAAGCAGCUUGAGGAGAGGUGGAGGAGAGGGAGCAGAUCUGCUUGUUCCCCUCAUCCCAAAUCCAGCUCUGUGGCAGAGGGAUGUGUUUGCUGGUCGGGGGCACAGCAGAGCUGGUGGCUUCACCCAGGAGGUGCGAAUUCCCUGUCAGCGUGGAUGUGCGAGACCAAACAGACACUGAAGUUCAUGA